AUGUCAACUGCACCGCACGGAGGACUGGGCGCGGAGCGCAUACAUGUCGGGUUCUGGACUGACUGGACUCAUGGGAGGGUAUUCGGCCUUACUCUGACCCUGAAGGAAGAACACGCGACGUACUUCACCAACUUCCUUGCACUGUUCAUCAAUAUUGUCGUGAUCGCGAUGUACAUAGUGCAUCAGACCCGAUCCACCUCGAAACCAAGACCGGCGUCAUAUCACCAAGGACAAGCAGUGCUAAGAAACACUGGCACGCCCUUUAUGACCCUCUGGUCCUCGCUGGGGAUCUGGUGGACCUGGACGCGAUCACUCGGUCUCAACUCCCGGGAGCGAGUUUUCCUAGUGAUCUCCUUCUCCGCCGCCGUGUUCAUGGCGACCUUCGCCGCUGCCUCGAUCUUCUCGUCUCGAAUCGUCCGUCUGGGUCUGGAAGGUGAGGUUCUGCUCCGAAGCGAAAAUUGCGGUUGGCUCGCGAAUAACCAUACGGAUAUCGAGAGGGAGAUUCGGUGGGGUUCGCACUGGCGGCAGGUGUUUCGGAGCAGUGCCAUCUUGGCCCGGUCAUGCUGGCUCGAACCGGAUGAGAGCGCGGACUGGCCCCCCGACUGCAAGCAAUUCACGGUCCCGAAAAUCGACCUCCAUGCAGAGGUCGGAGUGCCGUGUCCGUUUCCAGAGGCGUCGAUGUGUCGGAACGGGACGGAUGGGACGAUGCGAUUCUGGACGGACAAGAUCGACUCGCACGAACAUUUGGGUCUCAAUGCCCCGGUGGAGGAACGCGUUCAAUAUAUGCAGGAGGUGGUUUGCUCACCGCUGAAUGAUAGCCUCCCGUACUUCAAUCCUAUAGAACAGAACCAUACUAUGAUUUCAUAUGGGGAGCGGUUGAACCACUCAUAUACAUGGAAGGUGGCUUCGGAUCUCUUGGACUUUGGUGGACCCGUCCCUCCCUAUCACAUCCAGGCGACGAAACGUUUUGCCGAUAUGAGCUAUACAGGUUACAGACCUAUUAAAGAACUUGAUGUAGACGGCGCGGAGCUUCAGUUAUUCUUGGUAGCAAAUUCUGUCUUUUAUAACACACCGAGCAACGACAUAGUUUUCGGGUCCACGAGACCCCCGUCCGCGAGCACGUGGUGUGGAGCCCAGGGGAGCUUCUAUGCACAACCGCUUCUAGCGAUCGGAUGUACUGUCCAGCACAUCAUGUGCAAUCCUGUCAAAGAAAGCUGUACAAACCUAUACUCCAAUACCACAGAUCUCGACGUAACCCAGCAGGCGACUGGAUAUCUCAUCAUGAGGGCAACCGAAUUCAGUUCCCUCGGAAACAUUCUGUCCCUCGCCGGCGCCACCUCGAUGAUCGCGCAAGAUUAUCUUCAACAGGACGUCGGCCUCUGUUCUCUCUCUCUUCCAGACAACCAGACGGCCAUAGAACUCCAGAACUGGAUCAGGAUGUCCCUCGCGAGCCUUCAGGCCACUUUCAGGAACCGGCCGUGGAAUACCGACGGAGCUGGCCUUGUUGACGGGAGUGAAGAUUCUGUCGGAGGCGAUGACUCCCUCAAGAAGCUGUGCUACCAGCAAAAGGCUCGAGAUGAAGGAUACGCUGCGAUUAACGUGCUAGCAGCCGGUCUCAUUUUAGGGGUGGGCAUUCUCACCCUCGCAGUCAAUACGUGCCUCGCGGCUUGCGUGGGCGGGCUGCAGAGAUAUUACAGAAUGGGAAUAGACCGUCAGCGAGAGUGGCACUCGCAAGAAUUGCUUCAGAUACAAUGCACUGCGUUCGAGGCCCGAAAUGUGGGAGUAUGGAAAGGCCGCGAAAAUAUGGUACCGGUAACAUACGACCGAGAAGGGCUCGUAGAAUGCAUACACGAACCCACGACAACACGCGAUAGCGAAAGUGUAGACGGCAUACGAUAA